CCCUCCUGUUCUCUGAUUAGCUAGGGAAGAAUAUUUGGUUGUGACGUGGACCCAUUCCCCCCUCCUCUUUUUUCUCUCUCUUUUAUGGGGGAGACUUGGAAUGAUAGUGAGGAGAGAAAGCAGCAAGAGUCAACUUCAAAUCACAAGUGGAUUGAGUCUUGCAAGAUGUGGGAGCCACCCUCUUCUGCCAUUUUCCUGCAUGGAGAAGCUUCUCCAGGGGUUUGUCCUUUGGUUCAGAAAUCUGGCAGCUGUUGACUGGAGUUUCAUUUUUUUGGAGGACGUUGAUAUCUGGGGAACCUACUUCAAUUUCAAAACGCAAAACAGGUAAGGCAGUGAUUCCUUGUGCAACAUCUGAGGAGUGUGGACUGUUCUAGCUUACCUGGAGUGGAUGAAGAGGAGGUAACCUGAUCACCUGCAUCGCCUUGACUGUGAGCAUCAUGGCCAUAGUGCAGACCUUGCCUGUCUCCAUUGAGCCUGCCUCUGAAGGGACUGCCCAACUCCAUAACAGUGCCUGCUCCUCCCCUGCAGCCAUGGGCAGUGUGAGCAGCCUCAUCUCAGGCCGGCCAUGCCACAAGGCCACACCUGAGUUUGGCCCUUUCCGCCUGCCUGGUGCUGGUUCUCAAGAGCCGCUGUGCCAUGGGCUUCCCACCAAGAAAAACAGCUAUGCAUACGCCAGUGAAGAGGAUUGGGCUGAAGCUGUCUCUCCAAUCAGCCCCUGCAGUGAUGUAGAAGAGCCACAGGAUGACAAGCCCCGGGUUGGCACCAUCCGUGGACCACCACCCAAGUUGGUACCUGUUUCAGGGAAACUUGAGAAGAACAUGGAGAAGACACUGAUCCGCCCAACAGCUUUCAAACCAGUUAUGCCCAAGAACCGCAAUCCCCCAUUGCAGGGGCACUUGGCAUUACGUCCUGGCGGUACCUCGGUGCUCUCUGAGAGCCAGGCCAGUUUUGCCCAGCUCUUUGGUGGCACCCCUGCAGGUAACACGGAGAAACACAACUCCCUGAGUUGCCGCACCAGCUCCCACUCAGGAACCAUGUCAGACUCUGGGCGCAACUCCCUCUCCAGUCUUCCCACAUAUAGUACUGGUUGCAGUCAGCAGAUGGAACCAGUCAGCAUCUCCAUGGGCCACAUCAACCUCGACAGCCAUGGCAGCAGCAGUUCUCGGGGCCUCACGGGCCCUUCAAACUCCGACAGUGGGCGCUCAUCAUCGAGUAAAAGUACUGGCUCUCUGAGUGGCCGUGGGCAUCAUUCUUCUGACAGUGGCUCCUGCGGUGGACGCUCGCCUGUGCAUGGUGGUGGUGCUGAUGAAGCCCUGCUUGUUCAUGAGCUUGAAGAGAAACUGCGGGAGCGUGAAGCUGAGCUGCAACAUCUAAGAGAGAGCUUGGAUGAGAAUGAGGUGGCCAUAUGCCAGGUGUAUGAGGAAAAGCAGAGGCGCUGUGAGGAGGAAAUGGAAGGACUGCGGCAGGGUUACACUGCCAAACUUCAGCAGUCUGCUCAGAAGGCUCAACGCAGCCAGCAAGUUCUGCAGCUCCAAAUCUUUCAGCUGCAGCAGGAGAAGAAGAAACUCCAGGAGGAUUUUGCCCAGUUGCUGGCUGAGCGGGAACUACUGGAAAAACGCUGCGCCUCCUUUGAGCGGGAGCACACAGAACUGGGCCCCCGGUUGGAAGAGACCAAAUGGGAAGUGUGCCAGAAAUCAGGUGAGAUCUCACUCCUAAAACAACAGCUGAAGGAAUCCCAGUCAGAGGUGUCUCAGCGGAGCAAUGAGCUGGUACUCCUGAGAGCCCAGUUGAGGGAGGCACGGGCUGAGCUGCAGGCUAGUGAAGAGCAGGCCUUAGGCUUGCAGGAGGUGGCCCGAACCAAGGCUUUGGAGCUCGAGGUAUGUGCCAAUGAGCUGGCCAGGCGCAAAAGCGAGGCUGAACUGCUGCGUGAGAAGGUGGGACGGUUGGAGCGUGAACUUGAAGGACUGCGUGUUGCAAGUGGGGAACUCUGCCCCUUGUUGUCCGAGUGUGACGAGGCAAAAGCCCAGCGGCAGGCUGCUGAUACCCUGCAGGGCUUGCGGGGUCAGGCAGAGCGGCUGCGUGCAGAGCUGUUGUGUGAGCGGCGCCGUGGCGAGGAGCAGCGGGAGGCUUUCCAUGCCGAGCGCGUCACCUGGCAGAGUGAAAAGGACAGGGUCAUCCGCUACCAGAAGCAACUGCAGCACAACUACAUCCAGAUGUAUCGGCACAAUCGUGAUUUGGAGUGCCAGCUGCGGCACCUCAGUCUUGAACUCGAGGCCCGGGACAUGGAUGAAUAUGAGAUGCAUGGAGGUGAAGGCAUCUGCUUUGAGGAGAUAGCUGCAACUGAGAUCUGAAUGUACUGUGUGGAAGCCUGAGUGAAUGAGGCCACCACUGCCAUGAUAGAGAUGCUGGCCACAGAGAGGGUUGGAGGCCACUCACUCGGGACUCCAUCUGACUGGAGGGGAUGAGAACAGAGUGAAUCCAGGACCACAAUGGAGGAGCUGCCUACUGGGGAUCACAGUCAUGCAUUCCAGUGGGCAGUGCUUUUUUCCCUUCCUUCUUGUGGCUGGGGGAACUCUAUAAAGUUCACCCACCAGCUCAACGGAUGUCACUGCCAUUGAGAUUAGAUUAGGAUCUGAAGGUGGGUAGCUGUGGUGUGUGUGUAUGAAGGAGCUGGCUAAGGAUUUCAACCUAUGCUUUCCAGAUUGGCCUUGUAGAAAGGAGGGGCCCUAACCUGUCCUAAAGCCUUUCUUCAGAAAAGAAGUGAGAACAGCAGCUCUAUUUCCACUUUUGCUCUGGGUGUUUGAGGCAGUUGUCUUCUCAAACGUCCCAGUGCCUUCCAGGUCCCAGUGCUACUCAGCCUCCUGCAAAAUGCUGAUGUUUGAAAGAAAUAGAUUUUUGCCUCACCUAGUUUUUGAGAACUGGGAGUGUAUUGGAAGCAGUGGGAUUGGAAAAGAGGGAGAGCUGGACAGAGCUUGGAAAAACUACUUUUUGGACUAUAGCACCCACAAUUUCCCUGCCAUUGCAAGCAGUAGCCGAACUGGUGGGGGGAUUCUGGUUGUUGUAGUUCAAAGGAGUAAGAUUUUUUUAAAGAAAAAAUAUCUGUCUAUUGGGAGUGAUGGGAGGGCAGAAUUUUCUUAGUAUUCUCUUCCUCCACCUCCUUAGCAAAGUGACCUGAUUGGCUCUCAGCCAUCAUUAGCUGGAUAUUAGGCCAGGUUGGCUGUGUUAACAGCCACUUAGUUGCUGAUCCACUUAGCGGAUGGGAGACAAUUAGCAUUGCCUGUUUUUAGGCUGUCUGGGGAAGCCUUUUAUUUUUUUAAACCACAUACAUACAAAAAACCAGGAUGCUUUUCUGUGACCUUUGGCCCAGUCCUGAGCAGUGUGUAUAUCUUUUUUUAAACAUACCCACAAUCAGAACUUUGUGCCAAUGAAAGCUGAGUUCCACAACCCUUCUAAGUUGUGCAAAUGAAAUAAAUUUGCACAUAUUUGUUCUCUUUGCAUAAUUCGUACUGGUUCCCAUUAAGGGCAAGGAAGAGCCUUUGCAAGACAGUGAUGGCCUACUCCUACCCUGCCUCUUAUUUGUUCCUCUCUGGCUUGGAGGAUCUGUCUGGGUCUCUUUGGAAUUGCUUGAGUUUAUAUUUUUGUAGUAUAAAAAGGAUGAGAAAUAAUUGCAACUAGUACUAAGACCAAAAUUAAUUCUCAGGAUGCUGAAUGCUGAUCCCAAAUUCUGUUUCUUUUCUGUGCUUGUUUUGAAUUGCAGAACACUUGCAUGCAACCAACUCUGGCUCUGUCUUUCCUGAAGCAAUGUGAAAAUAUUGUGCAGACACUUCCCCAAACCUGGUGCCCUCCAGAUUUUUUGGACUAUCUCCUCCAUUAUCCCUUAGCCAGAAUAGACAUUGGUCAUGGUGACUGGAGGUUGUGCCAGUUGUGUUCUACAUUGGGAAGAUGCCAGGUUGGGGAACGCCUUUUCAAAGGGAAAGCCUGAUGACUCCCUGUGUCAGAGCUCAGAAAAGUUUUUUGGCUAAGGAGGUUCUGGGAGUUGUAGUAAAAAAGUACCUUUUCUAAGCUUUAUCCUGUGCUAUGCAAGCAGGACAUUAAGAUACAGAAGUAUGGUCCGUUAGGCUCUGUUGGAAUUGCUUCCAAGUAGAUAUCCAUAGUAAUGCAUUAUGAAAAGCCACAGUGCAGCUCUAACCUGCAUUACUCACUUGAGAAGUUCUCUUAAUGAUAGAUUUCCUUGAUAGCAUCUCUGCACACACGGGACACCUAGUUCCAGUCCUGUGCAUCUUUCCAUGCUAUCAGCAUGAUCAGUCUUCCCGAACAAUAGAGCUUCACCGGUGUCCAUGUGCAUGCAUGCACAAUCACACUAGUGUCCAAUUCUGUUUCCUCAUGCCAGGGCCUGCCCAUUUUCUAGACAGAGGCAGGGCUGAUGAGUGUUGUAGGCCCAAACAUCCCCAGCUGUGCUCCUAGAGAUCUUUGAUUCACCAGCUGGAGUGCUGAUCCAUUUGCUACCCCACCCCCAAUCCCUUCUGCAAGGGGAUCUGGAAUGUCCUCCCUCACCCUUUAUUGGCCUUGGCUGCUCCUGGUUGGGACCCCUAUUGAACUGAGAGUGCCUUUUCCUUGGCCUGGAGAAUGCCUGGGUUUGCCUGUUUCCUUCUGCCAUUGUGUGCUCUUCUAUCUAACCCCAUCCAAAUCCUGCAGGCCCAACACUGCCAGGGUUGAGACUACCAGAAGCACUUUUAUCACAAUUUCACUGUUGCUUUUUCCCCAGACUUGGAUGGCAGAGAACCAUUCUGACUUGGUGCUGCAUUCCUUUCUUGAUGAAGCUCCAUUUAUUGUUCCCAGAAGCAGAGUAUUUCAGAUGUCAGUGUUCCCCUCCAUCCCACAAUUUCCUUGCCAAUUUUGGGUUUUUAUAGUGUUUCUUAAUACUGCUGUUCUUGUGUUCAACCCAGCAGGCCUUUUAGAGUACUCACUGUCCAGCUGUACACUAUUUUGGGUGCUUGGCUUGAAGCUAAAUGAGCACCUAAAUGAAGCUUGGCAAAGUUAACUUUUUUUUUUUGCAAUACAGUAUUUAGAAUCCCCCUGUUGGCUGUGAGAUUCUGAAAGUGAGUGUCCAGAAAGGUAACUUUCCCAAGCUCUGCAUCAGAGUUGCUUCAUUUAGUGCACUUUUAACAACUCUGUCCAUUCUAGAUCUAGGUUUACUAACUAGUUUUGGAAAUGGAAGUAAUCUUGGACAUGACGGAUCUGGCUCUGCUGGUCACCCCCUGCCCUCAUUUCAAGUGGCCAGUGAACUUUCCCACAGAUAGACUCCUCUUCAGAGGGCAGAAUGGUGCCAAUCUAGGCCCUCUUCACAGAGCUUUCAGAAAUUACUUUUUGGGCUUCAGAUUCAGGAAUUCCCCAGAUAGCAUGGUGGCGUGGGGUUGCUGAGAACUGUAGUCUAGAAGGCACCUUUUCCAAGCUACUUUACCCAAAAGCUAUGCCUCCUUAUGGCAGAAAUCCUGAAAGGUAUGGAUGGACUGAUAGUUAUUUGGAAUAUACACACCUUUCUUGCUGACAUAGUUCUGUUUAUCCUACAAUGUGAGCUCAAAGAAGAUAAGAUACUUGAAGCAAAAUUUCCCUUUCUGUGGGUCUGUUUUUUGAGCGUGGAAAACCCAGUUGCAUAUGAUGAUGGAGAAAGGGUAACAUGAAGCAGCCAAGUAUCCUCCAAUGCUAGACAGAUAUGGGCCUUGUCUUCUGGAUGACAAAAUGGAGCAAGUGCAUAUAUAUCUGUGGUUACUAUGAGACUGAAGGGCAGAGCUGGCCUGGAUCAGGUAUGGUUGAACAUUAUGGACUUGAGAGAAUUGAGUUUUAGCUUCAACUAAUACAAGAAGAAUCAAAUUUCUAAGCACAUGUAGCUUGGAUGUCUACACUGUCUUACCUUUCACUGUCAUCAGUAAUCUACUCCCCCCUGUGUACAGCUAGAAUGUGCUGGCUAUUAUCAUUAGCCCAUUUUGCCCUGGCUGUAUAAAUUCUGAUCAGGAUUACCUGUCCAGGAAUGGCAUUUGCCCGGAAGCAGCCAAAGUUCAUUUAGAGUUCUGCAUCCCAGUUUGUCAUUAUGGGAAAAUGGCUGACCCAUUGCUGGAUUUAGGAGUACAUGCCUGUUUCCCAGCCCUUGUUUAAUCUUAGCUUCACCUACACAAGUUCUUCUGCAUGCAAAAUUGAUCAGACUCAAGAUCUUGGGAAGGGUCCAUUUCAUCCCUGGAGCUCUGUACUACUGGCAGGGGGAGUAUAAUAAGCUUCUGUUCUCACUUAGAAGACAGUGUAUUUCCAAGAGGACACACGAAUCCACUUCCACCAACUAGUCUUUAUUGCCUAAUUGCCCAUACCUAUGGGAUGUGCAGGUAGCAUGGGGUUAGUAGGAGGACACACAUCACUAGACCAAAGGAAAAAGCUUGGUGCAUGUCAUUUCUGUGGCUGUUGUUAACCUGCUCCCUUUCUCUAUAUUCUUCCCAUCCCUUUUAGCACCACUUUUGUGUUUUUUUCAUUUUCUUUUUUACUUUAUUUCUGAAAUUUGUAUAUUUUUCAAGCUGUGUAAAUUUCUUGUACAAACCAAAAGAAAAGUGUGAAUUAAAAAAGACAGAAGAAGACAUGUCUUGUGUUUAUAAGAAAAGCUCCCUGGAAGGUUUGAUGGGUGGGGACAGUAGAGUAUGGAAAGGUGGGGAGAAAUUGGAAUUGUUCUGGUGGUGAAAAAAAGAAAGGUGGGGAGUAUGUGGAGAUGCUCAGGGCCAACUACUGAAUGGAGGAUGGUUUGCACUAGCACACCCCAUGUUCUUUCUGCUAUAUUAAAAAUGGGCCAAAUGCACCUUUUACCAUCAUUCACCCAGUGGCUUGUAUAUUCCACAUGGCAGCAGUUUGUUAAAGGCCUGGUGGUGGCUCCAGGUGGACGAUAUUGACUGGUCCCUUGGGAAAUGGAUAGUCUCUGAUCCACAAUAGUUGCUUCAGCUCAGGGUUGGGGGAAAAAAAAACAUAGGACAAUCCCUUUCCUUUAGCAAAACCUCUCUUAGGUGAGAGCUAACAUAUACUUGGAAACAGCUACUAGAACACUGGUAAUGCCAGGCUGCAGAUGACCAUUCGAAGGACCACAGUUACAGAUAAGCAACCUGUUCAUCUAGGAUUCAGAGAAGGCCACUAUCUGCAGGAUCUUCUUUCAUAAUUUUUGUCCCCUUUUGGCUUAUAUCAUCACUGACUUUACAGAGUGGAUCAGAAACUGAAUGGAAAAUGUGAUGCUUUGCUUCCUUUUCUGUAUGCCACUCUAGGUUUGCUGCCAGUUUCUUCUUCAUGGACUAUAGAUUUCUCUUUAGAAUUUCAGUCAAAGUGUUGUGAUAAUAUUGAUCUCAGUUUCCAACAUAUAGGAUCCUCCAAGACCUCAGAUUGUCUCUUUUAGAGAGUGUCACCACUCACUUAUGGUAUAUUUAAAUGUAUCCUCUAAG